GAAAAGCCCCGCUAAAUGGAGCAACGAAGCAGAAGCGAGGGGAAGAAAGGGCGAGGAGGAGGAGAAGAAGAAGAUAGCGCGAGGUAUAGCGGGGGGAUGGGGAGAAAAAAAGGAAUGGGGGACAAGCCUAGGGUGCUAAUUCUGGCCCCGCUCAACCAUUUUGCAGCCGCUUUCAAACUUGCAAAUCGACCCAUGCUCAUCGAUCGCUCUUCCGAUGCACAUCACCUCCUGAUUGUCGAAAUGAACGAUGGCAGUGCAGCUGCUGCAAUGCAAGCCGAGUGCGAUCGGCGCUGUCGUCUCGUCGAGCUCGACUCAUCCUCCUCCUCCUCCGGUGCCGUUGCGUUCGAAAACGCGCAAUGGGCUCUCUCGGUGUUGCGCCACUUCCACAAUCAGGAGAGAUUGGGUGAAGAGGAAAUCGACACAAACCAUGGAGGACAUGAGACUGUGGUUGGACACGCAGCCAAGAAGAAAUCGGAGGAGCCUCCCAUGGCUGAAGGAUCCUUGGAGGCAUUGAUGGAGGAAUCUGGGUUGUCUGUAGACGAUGAGGACACAGAAAUGGACAAUUCUGGCGGUGAGAAGACACUACAUAGUUCGCCGCAACAGAUUAGUGCAACUGAGGGUAUGAAAGAGCCUAGAGAUGAACGACACAAAAGUGAUUUGAACGAGCGGAACCUGGACUCUUUAGAAGGAGUGAUUAAACGAGCGGACAGUGGAAAAGCAGGGAUUCAUAUGGCACAAACCGUAGGCAUUUGGUUGGCACGACCCCAGUGCCACGCUUUGGUAAAUCUUAUCAAUUAUUGCGCAUCCAAAAGCUUGAAUCGGAUUUCACCCUUUAAAGAGAUUGGCGGUGAUAUGACUUCCACGGAAUUUGAAGGCAAGGGAAAGUCCAACUGCAGUGAUGGAAAUAAUUCUGUGUGGCUCCAUAAGUGGCUUGUGAGGGACGUGAUGCAAAGCACCUCAACUCAUCGGAGUCCCCUCGAUUGGCUUGUGGCUCACCUCACAGCAUCUACCUCGAGUUUCUUCCUUGGGGCUGUGAUAGAUGAUUUGGUGGACAAUGCCAUGACAUGUAAUGCCAAAAACAUGAGGUCCCUCUCAGUCUAUGUUCGACGAAUUGGUGUUUUGGAAUACGCUGCAUUAAGAGGACCAGAGCAGGUAGCUGUUGAGAUACAGCGGAUAUUUUCGAAUAUGAGUCUAAUCGGAUCAUCCGAAAAAGAGGGUGAUAUAAAGGAUUUGCAAAGUAAUGACAGGCAAAGGCUUUCGGAGAUGUGGAGCUUGUGGCUAGUCAUGGCGACACUUUGUCCUAAGUUUUUGGCUGCCUGUUCUCGCCAUUGGUUACCAUGCCUAACUGUGAAGGCAAUUAAGACCUGCAGUAUUCCCUUUGUGGAUGUGAUUGACUCGGGAGGUCCGCUCUCUUCUCUCUGGACCCUGCUGGAGAGUGUUACUCAAGAGGAACCCAAAAAGCUCUCUGCAUGGUUAUCUGCAAUUCUGAGUCGAAGGAUUUGUGAAGUGGCGCCUGUGGGGGCAGAUCUUGUUCUUUUACUGAAUCAACUAAUUGGGCUUUCCAGCACGGACAGGCUGGAGGGGGGGUUUCUCGAAAUUGCGACCUCUUUGCUGCAAGGAUUGUACCUGGAUCUUACGAGGCAUACACUACCACGGGUCAUAGGUACCGAACAGAUCAUUGGUGCUGAGCCAGUGACUUUCAGCACGAAGGAUGAGUAUACGGGGUACUCUUUGUUUAUUGACAAUCUCAAGAAUAAUCUGAAGCAGUUAUGGGCAGAAUUGUUGAAUGCCUGCUCGGAGUCAUUUCCUCUUUCCAGUGGAAGGGGAUGGUGGAGUGGAGACCCAUUUGUUGGAGUGUGCCGGAUGACUAUACUAUCUAGUGGACAUUACGCAGUGGCUGAACUUUUAGCUGAAGAAACUUUGGUCAUUCCUAGUGACAGAGAAGGACUGGAAAAGAAAUCAAUGAAAAGGCUAUUUUUCGUGAUGGAAGGUAUGAAGUUGCUUGCUGGACAAGGCCGGGGUGCCCAAGUGUUGGAGAUAUGGUCGCAAAUAUGUAUUUCUUCAUUUGACAAGUCUGACAAUGUGAAGGCAUUGCAGAGGGCAUUUGCAAUUAAGCUGCUUCUUGAUCCGAAUUUUUGGGAGUCCCAUCAAUUCAAUUUGAUGCCCCUUCACACGAUCGAGCGAAAAGAACUAAAAGAACUGAAAGAUUCUACAGGACUCUCUUGGAAAGUGGUGUGGGUUCUUAUUCGAAAGGUAAUGGACUCUCAAUGGUUAUAUCUGGUACCACUUCUACGCAGGGAAAACUUCUGGGAGCUUCACCUCGUGGUAUUAUUUAUCCUUCAAUCCCUUUCACCGGGCAAGGAUUCCCGGCCUCAAGCAGUUGUUGUUCGACUAAAGAAUCUUCUGGGUAUAUUCUUUCAACGGGUGGAAGAGCCUCUUGACAAAGUGGAAGUUGAGAAAACGACAGAACUUAGUGGAGAACAAAUUGGAAAGUGGCAGCGAGUGCAAGCUUUGGAGCAUUUAAAACGAGUCAUCGUUCAACAAGCCUCAUCUUCCUUUGCAGUUUUCACUGUUAUGGUGAGCAGCUUGCUUGACUAUUCAUUUGAGCGAAGUGAGCGAAAGGCAGAAACCUCAUCUUUGCGCAAUAACGAUCGAAGGACACAAAGACGUGGUGUUGGAGCAAGUGGUCGAGGAUUUUUUUCUAAUUCCGUACUGGUUCCAGGAAGGCUUCAUCAAUCCAGCAACUUCGCUCUUUCGUCAUCUGGAAAAGAGCACAGUUCUAUUGCACCGCCAAAGUUCUCUCUUUUAGAAGAAAACCGACGAAUGAAGUCAGCUAGCUUGCCUUCCCUUGAUAACGGCAGAAGGGAGAAACUUGGCUCAAUUCCGCGUAGAGAAGAUGCGAUUAGACCUGUUCACAAGCUUUCAAAAGAUGGUGCAGAUGAAGACACUAUAGAUGGCACCAUGCUUGAACUGAGUGACCUUCUUGGGCGAACAGUAGCCAGCGCCGUCUUGCAAGCUGCAGAAGAGCCUGAUGACUGGUCUCCACAUCCUGCAUACAUACUGGCUUCACAAAUGAAAGAUCGACUAGAAACCCCACAUGAGCUAGCUACGACUAUGGAGCAAUACGAGGAGGUUCUCCCCAAGCAAGUCUCCACUCCACGACACAUAUUUUUGAUAGAGUGUUUUGGUCACAACCUGCUUCUUUUUGAGAUGUUAGAGUUGAUUGUCAAAUACCGGCAAAGUGAAGAAGUGCUGAAUUUUGUGCUUGAGUUUAUCCGGGCACUUCUUGCCGACAGCAUCUCUCGCUGGCAUAGUGCCUUUCGCACCCGACGUGAUCCAGGCUUUCCACCUCCCAGAGUAUUCAAGGAGGAGAGACUUGAUCGCAUGCAAGUAAUACGGCUGAUUAUUUUAGUGGCUGAUGCUGGAUGGCUUCCACAACCUUUGGCUUCUACCAUAGAAAUCAUAGAGAUAAUUGAUGCUGCUGAUGUGGCAGACUUACUCCUCCUUGUUUGGCGAUGCAUGCAUCAUGCAAGGGCUAGUAACAGCAACUGGGGAGGGGUGUUGGAUUCUGUUCCUCAAAGUGUUGCCUCUGCCGAGAAAGCACAGGUUAGUUUUGAUCAGAUGCAAGGUUUAGAGGGUGGCAGUGCCGGGAGCGAGGCCUAUACUGAUUGGGAGGGGCAUCUUUUUGCAAUACUCCGACAGAAUAUUGCUCAGAUUGGAGCACAUUUUGCGCAAGUGUAUCCCAAACGUGACUCUUUGUAGAUCAAGUUGCACCGCAUUGAGCAACGUUUCUGAACAGUAGUCAACUAUCAGGGAAAUACUUGUAUUAUGUUAAUUACCUGGGCGCUCCCCAAAAGGCACCAAUGACGUGCAGACGUUUACUGCUCAUCAACCUGUUGUUCUUCAUGGCUCACAAUAUUGGUGUAGGUUGCACCAGGAGAUGCAGUGACAUCUGUUCGACCUUCACUGGAUCAACUCAACCUUCUGGAAUUGCCCACUGAGAAGCCCAAGCUGUUGAUGUGUUUUAUACUAUCUACGGAUCAUUUUUUACAGGAAAAUAAAUAUAUGAAAAAAGAAAAAAGAAAAUGUUUCGGAACGUCGAUGCUUAUAUUAGCGCCAGAGUCUGAGUCUUGCUUCAUGUCUAAUACCAUGAAACCAAUGCAACUCAUGAUUUGGUUUUUAGUACUUUUAAUUACUUAUUUCCUGGAAAUUUCCAGAGUAGUGAGGAAGAGAAACGUUCAUUUUCUUAAUCUACGAGGGUAUCGGAAAUCCCAAAGACGCUUGAUAGCUUGAUUGACAUCAUGUGCAUGCACUUGGUUCCAACUGCUGGAUUCAAUGCUCGGUAGCGAUAGAAUUCCUCAUUAGUGCCUACUUGUAUGUGGCCAGGGUGCUUCGUCGUCUGACCCACAUCCCAUUUGCUCUCAGCAAUGAAGUUUAAUUAAAAUUUUCGUUCUUAACAA